UGAGGUAAGAGAUCCAGCGUGGAAAAAACUGAAAAUGUCUGGGUAUUUUUUGUAAUUACCCUUUUUAUUGAUAAGGAAAACUUGAGGCGGCCUGAAGCUUUCACCUACUAAAACGCGAAAUCUUUCCCGCGUUACACUUUGCGGCCACUCUAAACUUUACGGAAUUCAAUUUAUAAAUGAAAUGCGGUUAUCAAUUAGGACAAUCGCCGGCAUCCUUUGUGAAGUUCCAGUUGGGAGGGAAAGCGAUGGGGUGGAUAUCUGGAAAAUGUCCUUUCAUGCGAUGAGUUAUGGACGGGAGCUUUCGGUGUUGACUCGGGGCCGCUCGGGACAGCUCGGGGGUGCUCGGGCGCGGCGGCGGCGGCGGCUGCUCUGACACUCUCGGGAUCAGUCGGCGCCGCGACGCCUCCCGCGUGUCCACACGGCCCGGACCGCCCUCGCUCGCUCCUACAGGCUUCAGUCACUCACUGAAAGCUCCGACACCCGCCCGCCCCGCGCUCGCCGGCACUCUCAUAUGGAAUUAUUAAGUGGCUGUUUAGUCGUUAGAUUAGAGCUAUCGUGUGCCUCGCGAUACGCCGGACCCAGUGCGUGUGCUUUGUUUAUUAUGCGUGUAGAGUCAAGGAGUUGUGGGAAAUUAGCGGACAGUUAAGCGCCUCUUGUUUGCAGUGCUGACGGCAGCCCGGAUUGAACGCUUUCACGACAUGCAGUCAUGAUUUGAUUACUUCUUCAGGGCGGGCGGGCGCGGAUGCGGGCGCGCCAUGGCGGCCGCCCGGCGAGUGUCGCUGCUGCUGCCACUCGCUCUGCUCGCGCUGCCGCCGGCCGCCUCCAACACCACCUACCCGAAAGAGAUAGAAUCGUCGCUCCGUCUCGUGCACGCGGUGGCGACGGGCGCGACGGGCGCGCUGUGCGUGACCAGCCACUACGGGCGGCUGCGCGCGCCGCUUCACGUCGGCCGGUGGGACGCCGCCCGCGCGCGCGCCGAUCUCGCCGCCGAGCUGUUGGCGCAGCUGGGGCUUGACAACGCGGAGGUCCUCACGGCGGUAUCCAAAGGCCUGGUCAUGGGCCUCAGCCCGUCCGAACGCGCGGUUGGGGCGCGGGCACUGGCGCUCCGGUCCAGUGGCGAGGUCAGCGGCGCCGUGGCCUGGCGGCGGCGCGCGCUGGGCGAGCCCGAGCCCGUGCCGCCGCCGCCGCUCGGGAAGCCGCCUGACACCGAGUACCCUUGGUACGUGUCAGCAUACGAGAGUGAGACUCUUCGGUCGUCCAAAUUCAUGGCUUCGUCUCCGGAUGCCGUGAUGCAGGGUUGGUGGACGUUUCCUUACUACAGUUGCGAGGCGAAGCGAUGGCUGCUCUCCUACACUGUGCCGGUGCCUACAGUUAGAGAUUUAAAAGGCGUGGUGAAUCUGGACAUAGACAUUUCAAACCUAGAGAUCAACCAAUGUGAGCCCGACCCCCUGACUGAAAACGACAACCAAAUAUACUCAUUCUACGGAACACACAAAUGCCCUAAUGAAACCACUUACUGCGACUACUCACCGAACCGCGAGAUGAGCGCCUGGUCCCCGGGCUGGGCGCGCGGCUCGUACGUCUGCCGGUGCCGCGCCGGGCACUACUCCACGCACCACCCCGACGGGUUCAACGGCUCUUUAGUGGAAAUUGCAUAUCAAGAGUACGAGGAGAAUGGCCUCGAGCAGUGGAGCGGUCCGUUCGAGUGCCAGCAGUGCGCGCCGGGCUGCGACACGUGUCGGGGCCCAGAGCCCUGCCUGGCUACUUACAACUGGUCCUUUCGGAUAUCCCUGCUAGUGAUAUCGGUGAGCUGCGCCGUGCUGACGGUGCUGCUGGCGGCGUACACCCGCCGGCACCGCCGCGUCAAGGUGUUCCGCGUGGCCAGCCCCGUGUUCCUCACCAUCACGCUCCUCGGGUGUGCUAUCAUGUAUAUGGAGAUGGCAGCCAUCUUCCCUGUGCUGGACAGGUAUUCGUGUAUAGCCACCAAGUGGACGCGGCAUAUGGGGUUCUGCAUCACAUACACAGCUCUUCUUAUGAAGACUUGGAGGGUAUCACUAACCUACCGCGUCAAAUCAGCGCACAAGCUAAAGCUAACAGACAAGCAGUUACUACAGUGGAUGGCGCCGAUCCUGCUCAUCAUGUUGGUUUAUUUGUGCACGUGGACGCUGUCCGCGCCGCCUUCUGCUGAAGAUAUAACAGACAAUAAAGGCUUGAAGUUCAAGCAGUGUACUUAUAAUUGGUGGGAUCACAGCUUAGCGAUAGGUGAAAUUCUAUUCCUGCUGUGGGGAGUGCGAGUGUGCUACCGAGUUAGACACGCCGAGAGUCUCUACAACGAGGCGCGGCUGAUCUCCAUCGCCAUCUACAACAUAUUCACCGUCAACUCGCUCAUGAUCGCCUUCCACUUAUUGAUCCUGCCCCAAGCCGGUCCGGACAUCAAGUACCUGCUCGGCUUCAUCAGAACACAACUGUCGACGUCCACCACUGUGCUACUAGUGUUCCUUCCUAAGGUGCUACGAGUGCUGCGCGGCACGGGCGACACGUGGGACUCGGGGGCGCGCGCGCGCGGCGCCGCCUCCUCGCUCAACGGCAUCGGCCUCGUGCCCGACGAGCCCGCCGACUUGUACCAGGAGAACGAGGAGCUCAAGGAGGAAGUCCAGAAGCUGGCCGCCCAGAUCGAGUUCAUGAAGAUCGUGCAGAUGGAGAUGCACAACCGGCACCUGCGCCCGCGCCCCGGCUCCUACUUCGCCGCGCAGAGCCCGCUCAUGCCCGCCAACACGCAGGAGACGACCGAGUGGAGCGGGCCCGUGUGACUGAUAGCGCUCAGUAUGACCGGGUGGCUGUGGCCGGGGCCUAUCUCCAGCUCCUAUGAGACCACAGUGGAUCCCCGACCGCCAGCUUAUGUGUAAACAUUGUUGUCCACAUGCCAAACAUUAUUAUAUUACAUAGACAUUAAUUGUUGUCACCUUGCUAAUAAUUAAGAUUGAAAAUGUUCGCAAUAGUUAUGAUCUAUCCUGGCUGCAGAGAUCACAGAAAAAAUACUGAUGUGAAUACUGAAAUAUUUCUUAUGCUAUAUUAUAAGCCAGGGAAAGGCCAGCUUUUGUUUGUUAAUACUGUAGUUCAAAUACUUAUAAUUAUAAUAGAAUAAUAUACUAGUCUCAUUCCAAAGAUGUGGUAGGUAGAUAAGUAUAAAUUGCAGUUUUUCACAGUAUUAGUUAGUGUGGUAAUGUUUAAGCCGCCAAAAUGCUUUGGUUCAGGUCUGAUAGGAUAAAAGUAACUCAGUUGAAAUCCCGUGGUUAUGUUAGGAUUUCUAGUUUUUCUUAAACGGGAUUUGAUCGUAUCCUAAACUAUUGAGUGUAAUUUUUUAGUUAAUCUUACUUCUUAAAUUGUAUAUUUAUUUCCAUUGUUAACAAUAAAAUUAUUGUUACAUUAGAAUCUAAUUUAGAGAACUACUCGUACAUAUAUGAGUUGUCUUGUCCUCAGUUAACAAAGCCAAAGACAUAAAAUCCUAGUCUGUUGUUGUUUUUAUUAAGGCUAUACUUUUUGAGUAAAAUUAUGUACCUAUACUUAGAGUGAUUUAAUCAAUUUGAAACUUUGAACAUUUCAGUGUUCGAAAGUAGUACGGACAAUAAAAGUACUGCAGGAUUUAGGUAUCUCUAGUGUAAGAUCUAUAAAAAUAAUAGCAAAAAAUAUAUUUUUUGCUUUGUUUUUGAGCAAACCUUUUACAUUUUUCUUGGAAUAGUAUAUAGUAGUAACUAUUAUAAUAAAUGUAACUUUCAUUUAAAGUAAAAAAGAUAAGUCUGUGUAUUCUGAGAAGGAUUGUUGUUUCAAGAAAUAAAGACUUGUAACUUUCUAUGUAAGUAUUAAUUUAAGGAUUCAUUAGAUGUAAAGGCUAAAUGGUGUACAUAAUAGUCAAUCAUGUGAAGCAUUCAAUUCUAAAGGUGGUGUACAUAAAUAAUUGUUAGUACUCACAGCAUUUUAUUUUGACUGUGAUUAGUAAAUUAAAUACUCAAAUAUACACUGCUAUAAUAGUUGUUACAUCUGUAAUCAAAUAUAUUUUAUUCUCAGUUUGUUUUUAGACUUCCAUAGAUCUACUAUGCCUCAAAACAAAAUACAUAUAGGGAAAAUAUCUAUAUAUUGUUACUAGAAUAGAGCCAAAUUGUGUAUUAUUUAGAUGUUUUUAUUACUCAUUUAUAGCAGUGAUUAGUAACCAAAUACCUGUUAACCUGUGGUAGAGCAAAGCUCGAAGUUAAUAUUGUAGAUUAUUCAAUCCGAUAAAUGUGAUAUGUAAUAAGUAGUUACCAAGCAUAUUCAAAGUAUUUGUAAAUUUUUAAAAUUCUAGAUUGUACUUAUUUAUUUUGUAAGUGUUGUAAAAUGUAUUUAUAAGUAUUUAUUUUAUCUCUGAAUAAAUGUGCCAUUUUAAAGUAUAUCUUUCCAAUUUUAUGAUGUCUCUUUAUAGAAGUAAAUUAAAAGAGAAACACUUGUUUAAAAUAAGAAAAACAUAAUAUUACUAAUAAAUUGGUGUUACAUUAGUGUGUGUUAUAAUUUGUUACUUCUCUAAAAUAGUAGACCUGAAAUGUAAGAUGUUCUGUUUUUACAUUCAAAAUAAAAAUAAUUGUUUACAAUGUUACU